GCGCGUCACUUUGCCGUUUUUUGGUCUGGUCGGCCGCAGAGACGACGACGGCUGCGUGACGAUGGCCUGCCGCUUCGCCGCGUACGACUCGACCUUUACGUGCUCCGCGUGUGCAAACAGCACCGACUGCUGCCUCCUCGACCGCCACUGCGUGCAGAGCCUGAGCUACGCCUUUGGCGCCGGCGCCGUUGUCGUGGUCACCGACCAAAUCGAGCUCGUGCACUCGCUGCCAUCCAACGUCGACGCCAUCUCAUUUCGUGGCAAUGGUUUGCGGCAGUUUGGUCUCGCCACCGACGCCGCUGCGCUCACGAGCGCCCGCACGACGCAGCUGUCCAUCAUCGGCAACCCGACCUUGCGCCAUAGCGUGCUAUUGCCGAGCGGACUGCAAGUGCUCAACAUGACCAAGAAUGCGUUGGACGGCGCCGUGCUGUCACUGCCACCGUCGCUGUCGCAGUUGGUUCUCGACGACUGUGGACUGCACUCGCUCCUCAACGUGACGUUUCCAACGAGCAACCAACUCACCUACUUCUCGGCCAAGCGGAAUUUCCUCACGCGCUUUGAGCGCGUUCCGAACGCGGACACAAUUGAUCUCUCGAGCAACCUGCUCAAACUGGUGCGGCUUCGAAGCUUCCAGAACGCCAGCACGCUGAUACUAAGCAACAACACGGACCUCGCGACCCUCUUUGCGGCGGGGUCGGCGUCGCGUCCCUUCUUGCGACUCCAAUGCGAUGGCUGCAAUUUGACGACCGUGGCGGUCGACGAUGACGCGUUUGCGUCGCUUCAAGACGCGAUGCUGCCGCCGACAACAAGCUUGCGUCCCUGUCCUCCUUCAAUGCGCGCGGAGAGACUGGAUCACACCCAUGUCUGCGUCGGCGCGUUGGACACCAAUGCGUUCGUGCCGACGUGUCCCUUUCAAGACAUGGGCGCGGGCUCGGCGCUCACGAGAGCGCACUGCACGACGCUCGACGCGCUCUACUGCGUCGUCGACCGCUUCUGCCACGAAGCCGAGCCCUUUUUGCGCACAGCCGACCUGCUGCUCGACUUUGCAUACGUCGACGACCCGGUUGUAUCGGCCAAGUUCCAGCGGCGCCAGCUUCAGAUCGUUCAGCUUCCGGAUGCAGACUCUCUGACGAUCCGAAAUGCAUUGGACGUGCGCUUUGUGGGCGACGCCGACGCUAAUUUGCGCUCCUUGCGGCUCGAAGGCUUCACGUCGUGGAGUCUCGUGGACCCCAAGACGUCGGUGCUACCGCGGACCUUGGAGACCUUCGCGUGUGUGGCGUGCGGCUGGAAGGUGCUGCCGACGUCGUAUGCGUGGCCCGAUGCGCUCCAGCACUUGACGCUCAAGAACACCCAACUCCUCUCGUUUCCGAGCCCAAUGCGCUGGCCGCCCCGCUUAUCUACCUUUGACGCGGCCAACAACCAAAUCGAGCUCUUCACGGGCCUACCGACCGUCACUGCAACGCUGAACCUCAGCGGCAACGCAUUGCACACCGUUACGAUGCGCAACUUUCAGAGCGCGACGACUCUCUACAACGCGCCGCUCAUCUCAGUGCUCUUUCUAUCGAGCAGCGCGAACCCGGUGCGGCUCCAAGCACUGCAUCUCGAGGGCUGCGACAGCCUUGUCAACAUCACUUUGGACGCCGUGUCGUACGCUGCUGUCAAGGACACGGUUCGCAUCUAUGCCCCGUCGACCGCGUGGCACGCCGAGCCGUGCCUCCGCUCCAAGCUCCAGGCCAUCAACACGACGCGCCUCGGCGUCUGUGUCGUUGAGAAUGACUUUGCAUAUGGCAUCUUUGUCGCCAUUGUGCUCGGUGCCGUCCUCCUCGUGGCGGUCGUUGGCUGGUGCAUGCGGAGGUCGCACCGACGCGCCGUGUCUGAAGAUGACGCGUUCAAAGCCAUGGCGACGACUGCUCAUGAGAAUGACGAUGACCCCGUCCGGUUCCGGCGAGUCUGGACGUCGUCGUCGCUCGCUGAUUUGGGCGCCACGAUGACGUCCGGCUUGCUGCCGUAUCGCCUCAACACGGCCGUCGAGAUCCUCGAGACGGUCCUUGGCCGGGGUGCGUACGGGGAAGUGGUCCUCGGGCGCUACAAUGGCACACUCGUGGCCGUCAAGCGGCUCCGCGCCGACAACUACACGGUCGCCCACAUGGAGAUGCUCAUUCAGGAAAUCGAGCUUAUGGCGCGGUUUUCGAGCGAGUACCUCGUUGCAUUUGUGGGUGCGAGCUGGUGCACGUUCGCCGAUAUGAAGUGCGUCGUCGAGUACAUGGCCCAAGGGGAUUUGCAGCAGUACUUGGCGGCGACGACGCCAACCAACGACACGGACGUUGCGCGGUUUCCGUGGUCGGCCAAACUCGAGUGCAUGCGUCGGAUGCUUCGCGGCCUUGUCUACCUCCACGGCGCCAACGUGAUUCACCGGGAUUUGAAGUCGCGCAACGUGCUUUUGAACGACGUCGGCGACGCCAAGCUCGGCGACUUUGGCAUCGCGCGCGAGGUCUCGGAAGAGAGCAUGACCAACGCUGUUGGCACGUACCGCUGGACGGCUCCCGAGGUGCUCAAGGGCAAACACUAUGACGAAAAAGCCGACAUUUAUUCGUUUGGCAUGAUUCUCACCGAGCUCGAUACGCAUGCGCUGCCAUAUGCCGACAUGGCCAACGAGCGCGGCCAAGCGCUUGGCAAUUUUACCAUCAUGUACAAGGUGAUGCAGGGAACGAUCCUGCCAACGUUGUCGCCGUCGUGCGCACCGUGGCUAAGGGAACUGGUCUUUGAAUGCAUUGCACACGACGCUAGCAUGCGUCCAUCGGCUGCGGACCUCGACGCACGCCUCGCUGACGUACAACUGUAG